AUGCAUGAACAUCGUAGUAGCCUAGGCUCAGAUGCUAGUGUUAACUUGAAAGACGACAGGAAUGUGCUUUUUGUGAUUCAAGGAAAAAAGGGCAGCAGUGCAUUUUUACACCAGCGGUUGUGUCUUAAGCUGGGCACUGGGCCCCGAAGAAUGAGACAUAUUGAGGGUGGGGAUGAAGGAGAGGAUAAUCGAGUAAUGGGUUUGAAACCUAGAGAAAGAAAGAUUCCCAGGCAUUUGCAUGUGCAUGGAGGUGAGUAUAGUCUGCUCUAA